AUGCCCUCAUCCUCGGCCGUCGUGGAUCAUGCCGCCUCCAUGUCGGACAUUGCGCGCGACCAGGUGCAGCACGUACGGCAGCAUGUCGGCGCCGCCAUGACGACGACGCCCGCCGCCGCCAAGGACCCGGCCGUCUGCCCGACCGACGACGAGGCGCUGACGCCGCGCAGGAAGACGACGAGGACCUGGGAUUACAUUUGGAGGUCCGGUCUGGCCGGCGGCUUCGCCGGUUGUGCGGCCAAGACCAUGGUUGCGCCCCUCGACCGUGUCAAGAUUCUCUUCCAGGCGAGCAAUCCGCAGUUUGCCAAAUAUUCCGGUUCAUCCUUUGGCGUGGCGACGGCCAUCAAGGACAUUUACCACUCCGAAGGCGGCCGGGGGCUCUACCGCGGCCACUCGGCCACGCUCCUCCGCAUCUUCCCCUACGCCGGCAUCAAGUUUCUCGCCUACGAACAGAUCCGCUCCCUUCUCAUCCCCGACAAGCAUCACGAGACGCCCCUGCGACGGCUCCUGAGCGGCAGCCUCGCCGGCGUCACCUCGGUCUUCUUCACGUACCCGCUCGAGGUGGUCCGCGUGCGGCUUGCAUUCGAGACGAAGCGCGACGGUCGCUCGUCGCUGACGUCCAUCUGCCGGCAGAUCUACCGCGAGCAUCCUGCGGCCGUCGAAAAGACGGCGUCAGGGGCGGCGGCGACGACGACGACGGCGACCAGUCGGCAGGCCGGCCUCGUCAACUUUUACCGCGGCUUCUUGCCGACCCUCCUCGGCAUGCUGCCCUACGCCGGCAUGUCCUUCCUGACGCACGACACCGUCAGCGACCUCCUGCGCCACCCCUCCAUCGCCGAGCGCACGACGCUGCCGCGGACGACGAGCUGGCCGGCCGACAAGCCGGCGCCGUUGCGUUCCUGGGCCGAGCUGAGCGCGGGCGGCAUCGCCGGGCUGAUAUCGCAAACGGCGUCGUACCCGCUCGAAGUCAUCCGGCGCCGGAUGCAGGUCGGCGGCGCCGUCGGCGACGGCCGCAGGUUGAAGCUCGGCGAGACGGCGAGGACCAUCUUCCGCGAGCGCGGCAUCCGCGGCUUCUUUGUCGGCCUCACCAUCGGCUACGUCAAGGUCAUUCCCAUGGUCGCCGUCAGCUUCUACACCUACGAGCGCAUGAAGCUCGUUCUGGGCAUCUAA